CAAUCCUUUUCGAGCUUCCCCAGUCUUUCCUCCUUCUCUCUUUCACCGUCUGCCUUUCAUUCAUUCAUAUACGUUUCACACACACACACACACACAACUCCAGAACCCUCUUCUCCAUUAAUUCCUCAAUUUUUUUCAAAGGGUAAAGAUUGAAGAUUUUAAGUUCAAUUCGACCAAAGACAUGGUGAGUCCAAUCGGUAAAAUGGAGCAUCAGGAACUCGGUCCGCCAUGGUUGAUACCAAUGCUAAGAGCUGAUUACUUUACCACUUGUCGUUUCCAUGGAGAUGCUAAUAAAAGUGAAUGCAACAUGUAUUGCUUGGACUGUUGUGGUAACUCUCUCUGUUCCUACUGUUUGACCCAUCACAAAGAUCAUCGUGUUGUUCAGAUACGAAGAUCUUCCUACCAUAACGUGGUUAGGGUGAACGAGAUUCAAAGAUUUCUGGACAUUUCGUGCGUACAAACGUACAUUAUCAACAGCGCAAAGAUAGUGUUCUUGAACGAACGACCUCAGCCUAGGCCUGGUAAAGGUGUCACCAACCACUGUGAGAUUUGUGGCCGGAGUCUUGUUGACGCUUUCCGUUUUUGUUCCCUUGGUUGCAAGCUUGGUGGGAUGAAGAGAGGUGAUCGGGAUUUGAGCUUCACUCAAAAGAUGAAACAUGGCCGGGAGUUUUAUGAACCAGAAGAACCGGUGACACCUAAAAAGGUCCGAAGGUCACAUUUAUUCAAUCAGCUUAUCGACACCAACAUGUUUCAGUUCAAUCUUUAUGGGCGUAAUGGGUCUGAUAUGUCGUGUUCCUCCACCUCCGGUGAUGAAACCCCCAACAUGUCUCCGGGAACUCCACCCAUAUUCAACCACCGGAAUUCCAGCCGGAGAAAGGGCAUUCCUCGCCGGGCACCUUUUUAAUGGUCUGUGAAAGAAAAAGUCAAAAGCAAGGUGGUUUACUGGUUUAAUAUUUAACUUCCAUACCUUAUUCAUGGUUAUGGGUUCAAGAUCGUUCUUAUACAAAGAUAUGGUUGCGGGAACUCUUGGGAAGUAUGUAUGUAUGUAUGUAUGUGGUAAAGAUGAUGGCGGUGUGUGAAUGUACAAGUGUUUGAAGCAUGAUGUACAAGAGUGGUCAAUUCGUGAAGUGGAUGAUGAAGAAGAGGCGUGAAGGAUCUGAAGUAGUUUGUGGCAAAUGAAAAAUAGAAUGGAAAAGGAAAGGGUUUUGGAGGGUAGUGAUGAAUGGAAGAUGUCACUUUCUAGACUCCCAUGGUUUAUGGGUACGUUUUCGUUUCAUUUGUUGUUGUAUUUUUGUGGUUCAUAAAAAGUAAGUAUGUCGACUUUUUUGUGUACUAGUGCAUCCUCUACAAAACGACAGG